GCGUUGACAUUUUUGGCAACAGUUAUCGUAACAACUUUCUCACAGUCAAUACAGACCUACAAGAAACAAACCCAAAAAUCAAAAUGUUCAAGUUGGUGGUAUUGUCUGCUCUCCUCGCCGUAGCUGCUGCUGCUCCUCAUGUCGUCGAAUCACCCGUGGUCUACUCUGCGCCCGCUGCCGUGGCCGUUCAGGAGCCCGUACUCGCCAAAGUGGGCUCUGUGGUGAAGAGCGUACCAACCGCUGUCUCUCACCAGAGCUCCACCAUUGUGCACAGUUCGGCGGUCGCUGUUGAGGAUGUCGUGGCUCCAGCUGUCAAGACUACCUAUUCCGCACCCGUUGUUGCUGCCGCUCCAGUUGUAAAGACUGUAGCUGCUGCUCCAGUUGUGCACCAAACUUAUGCUGCUGCUGCUCCAGUUGUACACCAAACUUAUGCUGCUGCUGCUCCAGUUGUACACCAAACUUAUGCUGCUGCUGCUCCAGUUGCACACCAGACUUAUGCCGCCGCUGCCCCAGUUCUACACCAAACUUAUGCCGCUGCUGCUCCAGUUGUACACCAAACUUAUGCCGCUGCUGCACCAGUUGCCCACUCCGCUCCUUUGGUGCACACCAGCUAUGGCGCUGCCGUGGUUGCCGCUUCUUCUCCACUCACCUACACCGCUCACGGUUUGUGGUAAAGAAAUAGACGACGCAUAGAUAACGGAUUGAAUUAUGGACCUGAGUUGGACGGUUAAAUUGAGAAUUUUGUGAUUGUUUAAUUAAGUAAAUAAAAUUUUGAGAAUAAAAGAAACUGCUAUUCUAUUUAA